CACAUAUCUUCUCACCGUCGCAAGCAUCUGGUGUAUCCUGCAGUCACUUUUUGCCUUGGUUGCAAGUUGCUUUUGAAAGUCCUGUUCCACAUCGAAUAGGUCGACCAUGGAGGAAAGCAAGGACCACGAAACUGCUAGCGGUGUGACUUCAGUGUCAGAGCUUGGGGAACUCUCUACGGCCAGUGCUAAUUUCGAUUCCACGGCACUCAGCUCGAGAUAUUCGGCAGAAGUUGAAGACGAGCAACAGCGACAGGAACAAGAGCGCCAACAGCAGCCAGAGCAAAAUGACGACGAUGAAGACGAUGAGGACAAGGACUUGGAACCAGACGAAGAUAAUGGUGUUGACGGGAAGGAUGAAAAGGUUCCUGCUCAAUCAGAUAACACUGGAGCCGAAAAUAUCUUUAAGGCACGUGACUCCUUCCACAAUGUCGAUCAGACUGUGAAUCUCAUGGACGUCAAUGCUGCCAAGUACGAAAACGACGACAGCGAUCAAACACCAAGAGCAUCUUCCAACAAACCUGUGGGAGAAGAAUCGACCUUUAUGGAAGCACUCAUGGGCGAUGGAGACGACCAGAAAGCCAGUAGUGGAUGGAACAAGACCCCCAAGGCCGACAAGUACAGAAGAAAGACUUGGGACACGAGCAUUGUGGGACGUCUUACCAUAUGGCUCGUCUUUUUUGGAACCAUGUUUGUAGUCACCUUUCUCAUACCCUACCUACUCAAGCAGGAUGACAUUCGAAAAGCAGCAGAAGCGCGAGCUGCGGCAUCUGCGCCAAUGACAGAGGCCCCCACACCGUUCAAUGGAAUGAGCCGAAAGGACAAUAUCAAGACUGUCAUUUUGCAGAAUGCAAUCUCCACAGAACGAGCCUUGGACGAUCACACAUCUGAUGCGUUCUAUGCAUGGCAAUGGAUAAGUGAUAUAGAUCCAGUGCAGGUAGAGCCCCGAGUCAACCAUCACGACAACACAGAACUCUUGCAGAGAUAUGCCUUGGCCAUAUUCUACUACGCCGCACAUCCCGGUGUGGACGCCAAGUCACACAGUGCAGGUGCGCCGAAAGAGCAAGUUCAGCAUAUGCAACCUCACGGAGACCAGGACGGGGCAGCAGGGGCUCCCGCUGCUGCCAACAACGAGGGAACUGUUCAAAUGACGCAAGAAGUCCACCUGACGGGUCAUCCCGUCACACCGCCACCUCAGUUGGAGCAAGAGGAAGCAGCAGCAUUUGACGAGCGGGAUGGUGCUGAAGUCAAUCCUGAUGAUCCGUCAGUGGUGAUGAUGCCGCGCGUUGUGUCAGUGCAUAUGUCGAGAGAGGAUAGGGAAAGUCAUAAAGGAUCCAGAAGGAAAGCUUUGAAGUUACUCGCCACUGACGGUACUCCAAGCAGUUGGAUUCAGGAUGAUGGAUGGAUGUCUUCUACCAGUGUCUGUGAGUGGUAUGGGAUUACAUGUGAUUCUGCUGGAUAUGGAAUCGUCCAAAAGGUCGUCUUGCCUUCCAACAACCUAAAGGGCACCAUUCCUGUGGAGCUUCAGGCGCUAUCGAAACUUGUGGCGCUGGACAUUUCCGAGAACCAUCUUACAGGUAUCAUACCUGUGCUGCUGUGGAAGCAUCUGCCUCAACUGCAGUCUCUGAAAGCCAACCAAAACAAAAUCUCGGGAUCGAUCCCCUCUGAUGUGGGAUUGAUGUCCAAGCUGCAGGAAAUUGAUCUGUCCCACAACUCGUUGCGAUUCGACCUUCCAACUGAACUUGCCAAACUUUUGCAGUUGAAGAUUCUACGUUUGGAAGGGAAUCGCUUGACUGGGGCCAUACCUUCCCUUGUCAACUCGACUGAAUUGAGCGUCUUGCGGUUGGGAAGCAACCAGUUCACAGGUGCCUUACCGUACCACAUCUACAUGCUGAGGAAGCUCGCUGAUCUUGGAUUACAGAGCAACUCCUUUCAGGGGACGUUCCCACCUGAGAUCGACAGCUUAAAAAGCUUGCAAUAUCUGGAUUUGAGUAACAACCAAAUCACAGGGCGACUAUCAGAAGUCUUCUCGAGGCUUCAGCACCUGAAAAGCCUAAACUUGCAGGGAAAUCAACUGCAAGGCAAUCUACCCACGAGUAUGGGAUUGUUGGGAAGACUUGGAACACUGGAUCUUUCUAAUAAUGGACUUGAAGGGCAAAUACCCGUCGAAUGGACGGGCAUGACGAACCUCGAACGUCUUGAGAUGACACACAACCGCCUGACGGGCACCAUACCAGCUAGAAUGUUUCGCCUGCUUACGUCGAUGAAGAGCCUUCGGCUGGAUCACAACGUCCUGAAGGGAACACUUUCAGAGCACCUGGGGAAGCUGACCUUGCUGCAGAAUUUGACUCUGUCAGCCAACUCAUUCAGAGGAUCCAUUCCUUCAGAGCUCGUCGCAUUGACAUUGCUGAAAACCCUUGAACUCACUGCAACGGAUCUCACGGGGUCCAUACCGCCUGAAGUUUGUAUGAUGAAGCUCGAUGGCCCGCUUACAUUCGUUACAGCGAACUGCCGAAAGGUGCAAUGCAGCUGCUGCGACAACUGUGACCCUCAAGCAGACCACCAAUAAAUAGCUUACGCAUCGGCAGUGUGCGCAUCGAUGUGAGACGUUGUCACACAAUUCUAGCAAAAGAUUCAUGCAGUUAUCGAAAGAGUUAUAACAUAUUCGUACAGAGUUGAUUUACGUCACCCAAGAAAAGGAAAGCUUUGGUGAUCGUCCCCAGCCUGAAGGCAUCUGGAUGUCGUCUGGUCAUGAGCAUUUGUCGCAGCAGAUACACCGCAGACUGUUACAGCUUGCCGAGACAAAUACUAGCUCGAAUUUCAUUUUCAACCUGCACACUUCUUCUGGGACGACACCGGUCAGCGCUGUUUUGGCCAUUCGAAGUGCCUCUGUAUGAAAGAGUGUAUUCGCGAAAGUCAGUGAGGAACGGGCCCUUCCAACUUAUCGUUGUGCUCAAGA